GGCAUAAUAGGUCCUCUUUAAACGCUCGUUUUUUGGGGUUGACAGCUUAUAUAAACUUUUUUUAGCUUGUUUGCUGUACACCUCGUCACAUAGCAGCUUUUAGACAUUGUUCUGUUGGAUCGUUUCCCCCCCGGUGGGCAUGGUUUUCAGAUUAUGACGCGUGUUGCUCUGUUUCUAUAGAUGUGUUUUAAGGAAGCAACUGUGUGUAUUUGUGUGUGUGAAGGUGUUUGUGGUUUCAUGUGCAAAAUUACCUCACAAAUGUAAGAAUAUAUAAAGAUAUGAGAUUUGCAAGAGCUUCUGAUCUGCUUCUGAUCUGCUAGAGAUGUAUCAUGAAACAGGAAGUUGUACUUUCUGAAAAGAGCUAACAGGAACUUUAAAAAGAAAAAAGACACAAAACAGAGUCAUGCCAUUAGUGAGUGAGAACCAGUCAUGAGGGACCAUUUAUAUCUUUUCUUCUUUAUGAUUCAAUUUAGUUCUGGCUGUAUUCUUUCAAAUGAGCGUCAGAAAAUAGAAAUAACAGGAUACACAGGUGGAUCAGUGGUGCUGCCCUGCUCCUGCGCUCAUCCUCAGUCGACAGUCAACACAUUCACAUGGCUGUUUGAUGGCGGUGGACAAUGGAUUUCAGUAUUUGAGGAUGAGGAGUACAGCGGCAGACGUGUGCUGUUUAAUGAAAGUUCUCCACAAAAUCUGUCUCUUCUCAUUUCUGACCUCAGAAAGGAAGAUCAAGGGUACUAUGAGUGUAUGACUGAACAACAUACAUUCAUUCAUUUAACAGUGAAGGGCUGUAAUUUGGUUCAGAACACAGAGGCAAUGAAUGCGGUGACUGGAUAUUCAGGAAAGUAUGUGGUUCUGCCCUGCUCAUGCUCUGAACUACUGGCUAAACCUGAACAGAUACGAUGGAGGUAUUAUGUAGGAAACACUUUUAAGGAAAUUUACCCAAAUGAAAAGACUGAGAGGCACAAGAACAGACUCAAACUGUUGAAUCAAACAUCUCCAGGAAAUCUCUCUCUACACAUAUCAGCACUGACCGCAGAGGACGAAGGAGACUAUUCUUGUUCUGUCUCGUCACAAACAGUCUCCUACAGACUUCAUGUUGAAGUUACUCUCAGGACAGAGAAACCACACAUCCAUACAUCCAUCAGUUUAUCAACACUUCAACCUUCACACCAAACACAAGAACUUCCACCACCUCAACAACCACACCAAACACUUCAAUAUCUCUUCAUUCUAGUGGCAGUGUUUCCCUUAGCACUGAUUCUGCCAUUUCUGGCUUUAUCUUCUAGAUAUGCAAAGGAUGAAGUGGCAUGUUCUGCUAUAGUCUAUGUUGAAAAGGCAUUCCCACCUGAUCACACACAGAAUAAUGUAGUGGAGCUCAUUGAGUGUCAAUACCAAUGCUGAACGGACUUAACUCCCCCCCCUUCCAUUUUAAACAGAAUUCACAUUCACAGUGUUUAGUCUAGUAAUCGAGCUUAUGUCCUUUACAUGUUACAGUACAUGGGCAAAUGGGGAGAUGGUCUUCUAAUUAACAUGUCUGGCUAUUACAGUAAUUUCUGUUAGAAAAAGUCAAUUUCUUUUCCUGUAUGGAUGUUGAUAUGCUGAAACAGAGGAAGAACUUUGUUGCCACAAAGUUGAAAGCAUAGUAAAGUGAGACACUGUUCAUUUGUCAUUGCAUGCUAGUUUUAUGAUUGCACUGUAUUUUUUUCUUUCAGGUUGGUUUUUUUUUUUUUUUUUAAUUUUAGUCCUCAUUUUACUAAUUUAGUCCCUCAUACUGCUAAUGAACAUUAUUGAUGUAUGUAUUGAAACAGCCUUGUACAGUAUAUUUUGCGCAACAUUUCUAAAACUGCUAUAAUGGCCUGCUUACUGGCAAAACAAAAAAAAAACGAUUUCAUCAGCA